AUGCGCCAUCACGAGCACCAUCAAGAGGAUCAUCAUCAUCAACUUCAACAGGAUGGUAAUGACCUUGAUGAUGAUAAUGAUAUUGAUCAUGAUGUCGAUAUUCUGAAGAUGAUAAGCAAAACAACGGACGGAGCUUGCAGUAAACGAACCCACCUGCGUCCAUUUCGCCAAUUGGAGCCUUCUAAUGAAAACCGCGGAAUGGCGGGCAAGGUAAUGCAGGUGGUGCCGCCCACCUGA